AACUUGUUGCAUUCCAUUCUAUUCGUUCUGUCAGGUUUUAUUUGUGAAAAAGUGAUCGAGAAAAACACACACAAAACCGUCUCGUAAUUGUCUUACAUAAACAAUAAAUUGUGCGAGUCGUAUCUCUAGAGAUAAGCCGAUAUUGUACGAGAUAAGCUUCCAUCUGUCUCAGCAAUAGAGUUAAAAUUAGUGCAAUCAUCGUCAACCUUACCGUGGUCAUUCUUACUAGUCAAUUAACUCAAUUAACCUAACGACAAUGUCAUCCAACAAAUUCUUAUUUGCCAUUGAUCGUGGCGGCACAUUCACUGAUGUACUAUGUGUUUGUCCGAAUGGAAAAAUUCGCACACUGAAGUUACUAUCUGAGGACCCGGACAGAUAUCCCGAUGCGCCUAGAGAAGGAAUUCGACGAAUAUUGGCAUCGGAAUUGCAAAACAACUCAACGGUCCACGAUUUGGUCGAAACCGAUCGGAUCGGAUGGAUUCGUAUGGGAACGACUGUUGCUACUAAUGCAUUGUUGGAGCGUGCUGGUGAUCCGGUUGCAUUGGUUGUGAAUAAAGGUUUCAAGGAUCUGUUGUACAUUGGCAAUCAAGCUCGUCCCAAGAUAUUUGACUUGGAUAUCAAAAAACCGUCGAAUCUGUACAAGCAUGUCGUCGAAGCGGAUUGCAGAAUAGUACCGGCCCAGGAAAAUGUAUGCAUGUUAGAACGCCAGUGGAACGUCCUCACUGGUGUAUCGAACUCCAAAUACCUAGAAAUGCGUCCAGUUGAUCCGGUCACGAUCAAGCAACAAUUGCUGGACGUAUUUCAAAAAGGAAUAACUUCAUUGGCAGUGGUGCUGAACCAUAGUUACGCCUGUCCGGAUCAUGAAAUUCAAAUAGGUGAAAUUGCUAGCAGCAUUGGCUUCAGUCACAUCACCCUAUCCCAUCAGGCAAUGCCGAUGUUACGAGUUGUGGCUAGAGGUUAUACAGCUUGCGCUGAGGCGUAUUUAACACCACACGUCGAACGGUAUUUAGCGAGUUUUACGGCUGGAUUUCAGAACAAAUUGGCCGGAGUCGAUGUUCUUUUCAUGCAAAGCGACGGUGGUCUGACGAAAAUGGAAAGUUUUCGAGGAGCCAGGGCAAUAUUGAGUGGACCGGCUGGAGGAGUAGUCGGUUAUGCCAUUACCGGCCGGCAAGAGACCGACAUGCCGAUUAUUGGAUUCGAUAUGGGUGGCACAUCGACCGAUGUUAGUCGAUAUGCGGAUAAAUACGAACAUGUUGUGGAGAGUACUACUGCAGGUGUGACGAUCCAGGCUCCGCAGUUGGACAUCAACACUGUUGCUGCUGGCGGAGGAUCCAUGCUAUUUUUUCGCAGUGGUCUUUUUGUGGUUGGGCCAGAAUCGGCUGGAGCCCAUCCUGGACCAACGUGCUACAAAAAAGGAGGACCACUAACAGUAACCGAUGCAAAUUUAAUACUCGGUCGUUUACUGCCCGAUUAUUUCCCGAAAAUUUUUGGCGUAACCGAAAAGGAGCCAUUGGACUUGGCAGCAACGCGAGUAAAAUUUGAGUCACUGAGGAAUGACAUCAACAAAUAUUUGAUUGAAAGCGGGGAACGUGAGAAUGAACUCUCGUUGGAAGAAGUAGCGGUGGGUUUCAUACGAGUGGCUAACGAAGCAAUGUGUCGACCGAUAAGAGCGUUAACCCAGAGCAGAGGAUAUGAUACAUCUCGUCAUGCACUGGCAUGUUUUGGGGGUGCUGGAGGACAGCACGCAUGCCAAAUCGCAAGAGAAUUGGGAAUGUCCAAAGUAUUGGUGCACAAAUAUGCUGGUAUUUUGUCUGCAUACGGUAUGGCUCUGGCUGAUGUGGUACACGAAUCACAAGAGCCAUGUGGUCUGGCAUUGACCGAAGGGAAUGCAUCGACUAUUGCAAGCAGAUUGGAUUUUCUCUGCAAACAAUCUCGUGACAAACUCACCACACAGGGUUUUGACAAUGAGCAUAUUGUACUCGAACCAUAUCUGCAUCUACGCUACGAAGGAACCGAUUGUGCGUUAAUGUGUACGCCUUCGUUAACCGUCGGAGCUGAUGCACUAUGCGUUUCAAUUGGUUCCUAUGGCGAUUUUUAUUCAACUUUCGUGGAGCGAUACCGGAACGAGUUUGGAUUUGUUAUUGCUGGGAGAUCUGUGGUUGUUGAUGACAUUAGAGUUCGCGGAUCAGGCAAAACAGCAACACCAAGUGAGGUCGAUGCUGAAACGGCAAGUGGCGAUGCUGUACCGGAAACACAGACACGCGUUUAUUUCGAUGGUGGUUAUCAAAACACGCCCGUUUACUUGUGCUCUAAACUAGGAGCAGGUCACAACAUUCAUGGACCAGCCAUUUUAAUCGACAAUCUUUCCACGAUUUUGAUCGAACCGAAUUCCAGUUGUCUGGUCACCAAAAAGGGAGAUUUGGUUAUAACUGUUGGAUCUGGUCAUCGGUUGGAAAUAGACGAUCGAUUGGAUGCGGUGCAGUUAAGCAUUUUCAGUCAUCGGUUUAUGAGCAUUGCCGAGCAAAUGGGACGAAUCCUGCAACGAACGUCCAUUUCAACUAACAUCAAAGAACGUCUCGAUUUUUCCUGUGCAUUAUUCGGUCCGGAUGGUGGCCUGGUUUCAAAUGCACCGCACAUUCCAGUUCAUUUAGGAGCUAUGCAAGAAACGGUACAAUUUCAGCUGAAAUUCAGGGGAGACAGUUUAAAGCCUGGUGAUGUAUUAUUGUCGAAUCAUCCUCAGGCAGGUGGUUCACAUUUGCCUGAUUUAACAGUCAUUACACCAGUCUUUCACAAGCAUACCGAGAAGCCAGUUUUCUUCGUUGCCUCUCGAGGUCAUCAUGCUGAUAUCGGAGGAAUAUCGCCCGGUUCCAUGCCGCCGCAUUCAACGUCUUUGCUACAAGAAGGUGCAGCAUUUAAAUCUUUCUUGCUGGUGGAAUCGGGCACCUUUCGAGAAACCGAAAUUACGAAAGAGCUAACAACUCCAACCGAUGCGGCUGGAGCGACGGGAACGCGUAAUCUAGCGGACAAUCUAUCGGAUUUGAAAGCUCAAGUGGCAGCCAAUCAAAAAGGUAUCCAAUUGGUGUCAGAACUGAUUGACACAUACGGAUUGAAAGUGGUGCAGGCGUACAUGGACUACAUUCAGAAGAAUGCGGAAGUGGCAGUUCGAGAUAUGCUUAAAGAAAUUGCAAAGGCGACUAGGAAGAGAACUGGUCAGUCGAUACUACACGCACAACAGUUCAUGGACGAUGGUUCUCCCAUCAAACUCAAAAUUACGAUCGAUGAAACCGUUGGCUCAGCUCUAUGCGACUUUACGGGCAGUGGUUGCGAAGUAUGGGGCAAUUGUAAUGCACCACGUGCCAUAACGAUGUCAGCAUUAAUUUACUGUCUAAGGUGCAUGGUCGGACAUGACGUUCCACUAAAUCAAGGUUGCCUAGCUCCGAUCCAAGUCAUCAUUCCGACCAAUUCACUUCUAGAUCCAUCUGAAAAUGCGGCUGUAGUUGGGGGAAAUGUCUUAACAUCACAGCGUGUGGUCGACACCAUCUUGGAAGCAUUUCAAGUUUGCGCCGCUUCACAAGGAUGUAUGAACAACAUCACCAUUGGAGAUUCACAAUUUGGAUAUUACGAAACAGUGGCUGGCGGUAGUGGAGCGGGUCCGACAUGGCAUGGUACUAGCGGAGUGCACACUCACAUGACCAAUACUCGAAUAACCGAUCCUGAAAUAUUAGAAUUGCGAUACCCCAUGAUUCUGAACAAAUUUUGUUUGAGGGACGACAAUUCCGGUGGCAAAGGUCAAUUCAAUGGCGGCGAAGGUGUUCACAGAGAACUGUUGUUCCGGAAACCGGUUACCGUGUCUGUGUUAACCGAGCGUCGUGUCUUACAAGCUUAUGGGAUGGCUGGUGGACAGUCAGGAAAAUGUGGCCUGAAUUUAUUGAUCAAAAGGGACGGUCGUGUGAUCAAUCUUGGCGGAAAGACGGCUAUGGACGUACAGGCCGGCGAUAUGUUUUCUAUGAAGACGCCUGGAGGUGGCGGUUAUGGUAAUGAAGACAAUGAUGAUAGAACUCAUAAGGAGGAAAAUCCAGCACGAACGUUUGCCGAACGGGGUAGUGUGUUCGAAUAUAGGAGUGCACAGGAGUCCGUUUAAUUUACAGUUUGAAUUUUGUUAUUGUCGGGUCGGGUUUAUUUAACUGGAAAUGUUUCUGUUCCGGAAAUUAUCGCUUACCGCUUUAGUUGGCUCGCCAGUAUGGAAAUUUUUAACUCUAAAUUCUAAUUGUUGUGAACGUCAACAUUUCCAUUCAUCUGCUACCGAUAGCUAUCGAUCUAACUAAUGCGGUUUUAUAAAAGAAAAAGCAUGUUCAAAUAUGU